AGGAACCGACGAAAAAAAAAGUAGGCCACCUUAAUCUCCUUUUCUUCUUCUCUUCAAUUUUCUUUCAAUAUGAAGUUCACUUUUUUACUAGUCAGCGCGUGUCUCAUGCUUUCUGCUGCAGCGUUACCCACGAUCGAUCAAGCUUGUCAUCAACUUACCGAAGUCCACGCUCAAGCGGUAUGCCAGGAACAUUGCGGUAACCACGGGUUCAAACUCGGUGAAUGCGGUCUCACCGGUAUUUGCAUAUGCGACGACUGAUGACACUCUCUUAUCCCCGUUAAUCCUAUAUCUUAUUGCUGGCAAUGAUCACUAAGCGGCAAAAUAUGACCUACCCAAAAUUUCGGACCUAAAUGGCUCCGACUAGAUUAAUUAAGCGAGUGUUUGUUGCCAAAUAAAAAGCAAGUUGACGGUAAAAAAAAGCCGCU